UAAGCGGGUUUUUCAUACGGCAGCCAGGCCAGUAUAUCGCAAAAUGAAACGCAUAAAUUUUGUACAGUACAACUUGAGGUGCAUAUAUUCAAUUUGGUGUGUGUUCGCCUUAAUCAGUUCGUUGUAGUUUGAAUUUUAGUGAAAAGGACUACAUUUUUAAUCGGAUUUACUCUGAAUUUAUGUUUUGCUUUCAGCAUGCUAAUACCGGGAGAUAGAUGACAUUGCUUUAAUGAACAUACGCUUAGAUAUUACAUUUUCUGUCAACCAUACUUUGUUGAUAAACUUCCAUAGAUUUUAUAAAAACAGAAUACUUAGGAAAUAACAACUAAAGAUUUUGCAUCUAAAACCAUUUAUGAAACUUGCAAAGAUUGUUAACACACUUUUGUAAGUAAAUUGAAGUAUAAAUUAUAGUUAUUAUAAUAAUAAACAACUUCAAAAAAACUUUCGUUAGACAGCUUUUCUUCAAUACUGUUCACAUUUAUGUCGUGUAUUAAAACAAAUAGUGGAUUGAAUUCUAAGCACCACAGAUUGUUUACUAAAACGAUUACGCACAACGCAUUACAAGAACGAAUCAAACAAGACAUUCUUUCGCUGAAAAAUUCAAGAACUGUCGAUUAAUUUGUAAACAGGCAAUAAGUACACUACUUACAGGCAAUAACUGACCAGUCGUGGUUCGAACUUCAGUGGAGUUAGUGACAAGUGACAGUAAUGACCUGAAAACGCGCCAAUGAGGGAUAAAUUAGAAAAGAAAAUGUAUACGUACCAUAUGAAAGAAAUGAUGUUCGUCACAACUUGCAAGAAGAAUUAUCUGAAAGUCGCACUAUGUAUCGUGUGCGUCGCUACCGUGUUGGUCGUGAUGAUCUUACCGCAUGUCUUAUCGACGAGCAAGCACGUAUUCCAUAAACGCCAUGCGAGAUACCCAACAGAUCUGAAGUAUAUACUAUUCUGGACGCUACCGAGGAAGCAUCGAUCAAGGUUCUCUCUGAACAAGCCGCACGAAUUUCUACCAGGCCAAAGCACGUUUAUAGAUCAAAAGUGUCCGUACAUUAACUGUUACAUAAGCUACACCAAAGAUACACUUUCAAACGAUGAAGAUUUCGAUGCCGUCGUCUUCAGCGUGGACGAUAUCAAGAAGAUGGAUGUCAACUUUAUUAAUAUGUCCCGAUCCCCAGACCAGUUAUACAUAUUUAGGUCACUAGAAACCCCUGAGAAGCAUCCUCUAUGUGAUCACAGUUUAGACCACUUUUUCAACUGGACUUGGACUUACAAACUAACCUCCGAUAUACCGCAACCGUUCAUAGAUAUCCAUGGAUCAAAUAAUUCUAUUAUAGGACCGAGAAGAAAUAUGAACUGGGUUAAGAAAAUGAAACGGACUGACAAAUAUUCUGGCAAACUUGGUUACAAACGUAAGGCAGUUGCUUGGAUUCUAACAAAGUGCAAAUUGAAAACCAAGCAUCAAGACUUUAUUAAGGAAAUGAAAGAUGAAUUGAAGUCGUAUAAUUAUUCGUUAGAUAUUUAUGGUCCUUGUGGUCUUAAGAAAUGUCCAGGUGGUAGAGCCCUCAAGUGCUAUAAAAUGGUGGAGAAGAACUACUUCUUUCAAAUUGUGUUAGAAGAAUAUUUCCUCGAAGAUUACGUGACUGAGGCGAUGGUCAGUGCUAUGUCACAUUUGGCUAUACCUAUUGUUCUUGGUGCUUCUGAUUAUUCCAACUUUCUUCCCCCUGGCUCCUACAUCAACGCUCAAGCAUUCGACAUCAAGAAGCUCGGAGCCCUCAUCGACUACCUCAUCAAGAACCCGGACAUGUACGAAUUCUUCUUUGACUGGAAGAACUAUUACUACUACACAGUUAGACCGAGGUCACAAAUUUGUGACCUUUGCACCAAACUCAACGAAUACAAUGGAACCAUUACUAAAUAUGACCAUUUCAGACGCUGGUGGGAUCCAGAUUACAAAGACGUGUGCCAAAGAAUGAAAUUGUUUAAAUUAUUUAAUACUGAUGCUUAAUUUUGUAAGUUAUUGUAAGGUUAUAGAUUUCAGAAUAAGUCGUUUUGCUUUUAAUAUUAAGAUGUAUUUAAGAAUGGAUCUCAAAGGGAUACUUUAUUUUAUGCUUAAUUUGUUUAAUACUGUGGAAAUACUAACUGACGUUAAAAAAUGCCGG